GGGCCGAGGGGUGGGGGCGGCGCAAGAGUAAAGCAGAGUGCCUGUGUCAGUGGAGCUGCCCCAGGAGCGGAAGGCAGGACUGAAGCGGGAGGGGUGGAAGAAAGGAGAGGGCGGGCUCAGAGGAGGAGGAUUCCCUAAACAACAAAAAUCCUGGUUCCGCAGAUUGGCCAAGCUGACAAGCGCUGCCAAGAGCAGGCCGCGCAAACUGCUGGGGGACGUGCCACUGCCUGAGCUUUUCGUUGCUGCAACCAUCCCAGUUAUCUCCUGUCCACGUUAACUGCCGUCUUCUUCCCAGUUGCCGUUCUGCAACCGCAGCAGCCUUGACAACAACAGCUAAGUGGCGGGUUCUGGCUGGGACUUGGGCUUUUGGGAGUCAGGGAAAGCGCCAGGAGCGGACUGAGGGAACCCGGGGCCCGCCAUCUCUUUCCAGCCAGCACGAUUGCAAUCUCUGCACCCUGAAGGCGGAGAAAGCACUAGUGAGAGGAACUCUCUGUCUCGGUUCCCAGUCAGCUAGUUUCUGACAAAAUCUAAACGGAGAACGGACACAGUCUCCCAGAUUGCGAAAAAUCGGACCGUGUUGACGGUUUGUCAGCUUGUUAAGCAAAGGGCAGCUUUGCUUUGGCUACUUGAGCCUUGAGCCAUGUCUCCUCCAACCGUGCCUCCUACUGGGGUAGAUGGUGUGUCCGCCUACCUGAUGAAGAAAAGGCACACUCACAAGAAGCAGCGGCGUAAGCCCACUUUCCUCACUCAUAGGAACAUCGUGGGCUGCCGCAUUCAACACGGCUGGAAAGAGGGCAACGAGCCAGUAGAGCAAUGGAAGGGUACUGUGCUCGAGCAGGUUUCCGUGAAGCCCAGUCUGUACAUCAUUAAGUACGACGGCAAGGACAGUGUGUACGGACUAGAACUGCACAGAGACAAGAGAGUUUUAGCGCUGGAAAUCCUUCCUGAGAGAGUUCCUUCUUCUCGCAUCGAUUCUCGCCUGGCAGAUUCCCUGGUUGGGAAGGCGGUGGGCCAUGUUUUCGAAGGUGAGCACGGUAAGAAAGAUGAGUGGAAGGGUAUGGUGUUGGCCCGAGCCCCCAUCAUGGACACUUGGUUCUACAUCACCUAUGAGAAGGAUCCGGUCCUCUACAUGUACACCCUGCUCGACGACUACAAAGAUGGUGACCUGCUUAUCAUUCCAGAUAACAAUUACUACUUCCCAACCACCGAGCAGGAGCCUGGGGAAGUGCUCGACAGCCUUGUGGGCAAGCAGGUGGAACACGCCAAAGAAGACGGGUCCAAGAGAACUGGAAUCUUUAUCCAUCAGGUGGCAGCCAAGCCAUCUGUCUACUUCAUUAAGUUUGAUGACGAUAUUCACAUUUAUGUCUAUGGUUUGGUGAAAACCCCGUAAGUUUACAGUACUCUUUGCGAAACUUGUGGAACUAGUAGAGGUAAAAUACUUUAUGUUCUCAAAAUGAAUGUGUUUUGAGAGCAAUUUUGAGGUCAAAUUUCAGGACAGUGGAUAAAUCUUACCGUGCCUCCAUAUUGACUAUUUCCCAGUUUUGGCUCAAGUCUAUGUUGGUACUUUUUGCUGUUGACUUAUUUUGUAGUUGAAAAUUGAAAUUUAGAUUGGUUGUUAAGGGGAAAAAAAGUGUUUGAAUCCACUGAAGCAAUUCAAAAGUAGAUAAAGUGCGUUUGUCUUUUGCUCCCUUCCCCCUCUUUUUAUUAUUAUUUUUUUAUUUUUCCAAGUAAUUAGUUUAAGUACUUGGCAUUUAUCUUAGGAUGUUUUCCUCCACUCUCAAACAGCAAGUUCGAUGUAGCGUUUAUAAAAUUGAUCAGCCAGCCAGAUUAUGUACUUUGUGAUCAAUAGCGCAGUCAGUCUCUGUCCUUCGAUCUCACACUUCCUCUCACAACAGUGUACACAUACAGAUGUGCCAAAAGUAUCCAUUCUGUUAUUAUUGGUGGUCACUGAUUCCACCUCUUUACUCAUUAUGCUGUUUUAUUGUAUUAAGGUGCUCUUAUUUCUGUAGAAGUGUUACGUAGGUAUAUAUUUAGUUUUAAGAAAUCUUGAAAGGUUGCCAUCCACUGGUCUUUAAUGUUUAAAAUACUGACAGGUAAAAAGUUCCAUGGUUUUCUCGAUUCUUUGAUGUUUACCUGACUCAAUGAGAUUUAUUUUUCUACUUGGAAUAUUUCUCUUUUGUGAUUUACUUAUUCCUAUCCUUUGUUCUUUUAUCUAUUCAAUUGACAUUUUACACAUAAAGUUGUAGGAAUGUGUACAAUGAAAGUGCAUUUAAUAUUUUAUAUUUCAUAUGCUAAUGAAUUUUGCAUUAUGUUAUUACUCUUCACUUUAUUGAUAAUAUUGUUCAUGUAAAAUUUAUUUUUAAUUUUAUAAUUCUAAAAUGUCUAUGUCUUUUAUAAAUUUUUGGCUUCAUGUCUUUUUCAGACAGAUGUCUCUUACCUAAGCCAUACCAAUAUUCAUUUUUUUUUCUUAUACUCUUUAUUAUAUUCGCUUUUUUUUUUUACCAAUCUGAGAUUCAUUUUUUUUUUUGCUCUGGUAAUUCAUACAGCUUCAACUCCAGAUAUUUUGCAUUACAAAUUCAAUUGUUAAAAUUACUUUUUUUUUUAAAGAAAAGAUCACUCUUUUUCAAAUUUCUGAGUGAAAAUUAACUAUAAACAUAGUUUCAAAAACUGGAAUAACAAAUUCCCUUUCAAUAGAUUUUUUCUUUCUUGUUAUAAUUUAUUCUCUAUAUUCAUCCUUUCAUAGGAAAACCCAAUGCAUUUUAUUGAUAUUUUGAGAAUGGUCUGAUACCUACUAGAAUUGCAUCAAUUUUUUGUACUCUUAUAUACAAGAAAAAAAUUAAUAGUGAUAUUCUUAACACAAGAAUUUUGUACAUCAUUUAAAUAUUUUUAUAUUUUUUUCAUAACAUUCUUCUUAUAGGUCAUUCAUAUAAAAUGGAAUUUAUUUUUGCAGUUAUCUAAUUUUGUAAUAAGUUGAAUAUUUUUCUUCCUUAUAUGUAACUUUUUAUUUUUAUCAAUAAAGGAAAUCUACAGAUUUUAUAUUUAUCUUAUCCAAAGAGUUUAUUUAAUCCUAUAGGUUAUAUGGGAUUUUAAUUAGAAACUUUUGGAUUUUUCUUGAUAUAUACAAUCAUUUUGUAUGUAAAUACAGAUAAUUUUAUUUCUUCUAAUGCUUAUAUGUAUUAGUAUUACAUUAGCUGGAUUCUCCAGAGCAGUGUUAUGUAAUGAUGAUGGCAGACAUGCCUAUCCUAUUUCUAAUUUUUAUGAAAAUGACCUUAUUUUUUCCUGUUUGACUUUGUUGUUAAUUCUUGGUAAGUAGUUAUUCAUAAGUUCAGAAAUUUCUUUUUUUCUUUUUUCUUUUAAUUUUUAUCAAUUACACUUUAUUCACUUUGUAUCCCCCUAAAAACCCCUCCCUCUUCCCCUCCUAAUCCCACCUUCCCUCCCACUUCUCCACACAUCUUCUGGUUUUGUUUAUAUAUAAUUUCUAUUAGAAAUUAUUGUAAUCAUGUCUUUUCCCUUUAAUUUGUUGAUAAUGAUUUAUAAGAAAGCUACAUAUUAAACCAAACCUAUAUUUCUGGAGUACUGUUUGCUUAUGAUAAAAUAGUCAUAUAUUAUUUUUGCUGUAUUUUAUUUACCAAUAAUGAAUUUAGAAUAGGAUUUGUAUUCCAAAGUGAAGUUACAUUUUUAGAUUAUUCUUUAUAUUUUCAUUGAAUCAACAGAUAACAGGUUGUGUCAUUUCUUUCUUUCAUAUACUGUCUUUAUGAAGUUUUGUUAUUACAGUUCUACUAGCUUAAAAAAUGACUUAGUGAAAUAGCAUUAGAAAUAUUCUUUAAAAGUUAGCUGGGACUAAGCUGUAGAACAUUUGAACCCUGGAGCCACACAUGAUUAUGGAUCUUUAGUUUCCUGAUAUUUUUCCAGUGGCAAUUGGCUUUUCAGACUUUUUGUUAAUAUAGAAUAUAUAUGUUUUCUGUCAUUUACAGAAUAUAUAUUCUCUGCCAAUUAUAUAUAAAGUUGAAAGUUGUUUGUAUUAUAAAGUUUGAUGAUUGUAUUUUUCAUGUGCUUUAUGUACUUGUGUAUUUACUGUGAACUAGAUUUUCCCAGUUCAGAAAAUGUAAUAAAUUCAUCAGCAUAUUUGUAUAAUAUAUUUGUAGAAUACAAAGAUAAAAUUAUCUUUGUUUUCUUUUAUUUUCUAGAAAAAUAAGACAAAAUAUAGGAAAUUCUGAAAAUGUGAAAAACAUUUGUUUACCUCCACUCCAAAUUAGCAAAUAUCAAUACUUUGUUAUGUUUGCUUUAAAUACAGAUUUAUAUUGCAAUUAAUCAGUGUUAAAGGUUAAUAAAUUCAUUUUCUACUACCACACCACCUCUUCUGCAGAGGAAAACACUGUCAUGUAUUUGGUGCUCAUGUUUUAUAUAUUUACUAAAAAUAAAUUAUACACAAAUAAAACUAUA